AUGGAUGGACGGACGGACGGACGGACGGACGGACAACACCCAUCCUCCAAGGACUGGCUCCCCAUCUCUGCACGAAUUGACUACAAGGUGGCCUGUGACGACAACAACAUGUCCAAGGGUUACGGCUACGUGCAUUUUGAGAGCAAGGAGGCUGCUGAGUGUGCCACGAAGAGGCUGAAUGGCAUGCUUUUCAAUGACCAACAAGUAACGAUUGAACCAUUCCAGCCUUAUGAGGACAGGGAGGCUGAGCUCACUGCUCAUUCUGAGGAGUUUACCAAUGUUUAUGUCAAGAACUUUGGAGAGGACAUGGAUGAUGGGAAGCUUAAAGAGCUCUUUCGCAAAUACGGACCCACAUCCAGCGUUCGUGUGAUGACGGACGAGAACGGAGAGUCAAAGGGAUUUGGAUUCGCCCGGUUCGAGACACACGAGAACGCACAGAAGGCGGUGGACGACUUGAACGGAAAAGACUUGAACGGCCGGCAGUUGUCCGUAUGCCGAGCCCAGAAGAAGGCAGAGCAGCAGAUCGAGCUCAGGCGCAGGUUUGAGCCCGAGACUCUGGAUCGCGGGGCCAGGUAUCAGGGGGUCAAUCUAUACAUCCAUAACCUGGAUGCUGACAUGGAUGAGGAACGCCUAUACAGAGCUUUCAGCCCCUUUGGACAAAUCAUCAGUAUCAAGGUGAUGAGGGAGGGGGAACGCUGCAAAGGAUUUGGAUUUGUGUGCUUUUCGUCCCCCGAGGAGGCCACCAAGGCCACAAAGGAGAUGAACGGCCGCGUGUUGGGCACCCAGCCACUCUACGUGGUGCUGGCCUGGGCUCGUCCUGGUGUCCGUCUUCAGCAGGGGCCCUGCGUGUGA